AUGGCAGCCCCACAGCCCACCUGCCGUCUCCCGAAUGAAGUUCUCAGCAGCAUCGUCGACCACCUGGACCCAAUCGCGGACAGGUCGACGCUCCUUGUCCUCCUCCGCGUUUCCGCGGCCAUGUGGGACAUGUCCGCGCGCCGGCUCUACCGCGAGGUUACGCUGGACGAUGCCCAGAUGUCCAAACUUGUCCGACGCUUGUCAUCGCGGGGACGGACUGCGCUCGGCUUCAUUCGCUCCAUGAAACUGGAGAUCUUGCUUGCGAAACGCGAUUGCGCCAGGUUGAGAACUUGA